AUGGCGACAGACUUCCCUACCUGCGCUGACGGCGACGUCGCAGUCCUCCUAAGCCCGAUGAAGACCUACAAAUUGCACUCGCAAGUGCUGUCCCGGUUCUCAACCUUCUUUGCCGAGCAAUUGGAUAGAGACCCCGCCUUCAUCUCUGCAAAAGCACGUCGGGAGGGCGCAGCUUCGUAUCACUUCGAGCUGACCAUGACAUUCACAGGUGACAGCUUCGGCCGGCUUGAGCAGCGCGAGCUAUCCGAGAACGGCAAACCGAAGCACAGCAAUUUUGAGCGUACAGACCUCGAUGGACUACUAGCAGACGAAGACAGCGUUCGUCAAUGGGAUCUCCUCUUCCGUGCCUUCUACGCCAUUCAGAUCAAAUUUAAUGAUGAGAAUAUGGCCGUCCUUCUACAAGACUGCUCCGGUCUACUCGACGUUGCUGAGUCCAUCGGCUCGGUCGAGCGAAUCCGCGACAUCGUCGACCUCUCUCUAAUGCGUCAAGACAAAGUCCUCUGGCGCUCUAUCUAUGCCAACCCAGCCGCAUGGGCUGGUCUGGGCGCCCGCAUACAAUCUCCGUCCAUAUUCCGUGAAGCCGUCGUUCACCUCGUUGGCAACUGGAAACACAUCGACGUGUACGCAAAAGACAACCUCGAUCCUGAUGUUCGCGCCAUCGUUGAGAAAAAGCACGACUACAGUGAGCAGUUCAAACGAGUGGUCGAGCUCAGAAUUGCCGGCCACUAUCCACGAUGCACAUGGCGCAAGCCUGAGAACAACCCAGGCAGAGAAGAGUAUGCUAAGGAGAUCUACCCGUGGAUGGCCUCGUCCUUCUUCCGGCAUUGGUUGAUGCAGCAGUACUUCGAAGGUCACAGCAGACACGGGCCUGAUGGAGGCUAUCAGUUCUAUCACAACCUUUGGAAAUCAGGCGACGCAUAUCUCAGGCAUGAGGACUUCAUGACUUAUCACGAGUACUUUCCGAUGAGCCGGAAAGCGUGCACGAUUCUGGAGAAUGCGAUGAUGGACAUCAAGGACGAAGUGAGGGGUUUCGUGAAGGACUUGGUCGUGAAUCGUACGCACAUUCCGGCGAAGGAGCUCAGCUACAUCACCUGUACGCAGCUCGAAAAAGGAGACUUUCCAUGGGAAAUUAAGGACGAGGCAAUGCAGACACCUCCUGCGGAGUAUAUUGAGCGGACGCCAGAAUCUGAUAUCGAAUCGGUAGUGGUACCAGGCAGCAGCAAACCAAAAGGAUCCGCUCCUGGAGUUGCCGGAGUUGCAGGGAGGCCUUCAUCACCAGAGGUCAAGAUUGAAGGUAAGCCUAGACGCAAGCGCAAACCCAAGACCAAGGCUCCCAACAACGCCAAUGAGUCCACAGCCGCAGAGUCCUCCACAGGUCAGCCCGAUCUGCCUGCAAUCGAAGCUGCAACUCUGCCAGUCAAGCCGAAGCGCAAGUACACCAGAAAACCAAAGGUCACAAUCGACAUCACCGAGGCGGGCUCUGGGCCUUCAACUGCACAAACGACCGAGCCGCCGAAGAAAAAGCGUAAGACAACCAAAAAGGCAGCCAAGGAGGACACUGAUGGUGCUGCCGCAAGUGCUGAAAGAAAGCGAGCUCAGACGGAAGCACCACGAACCAAGCGUGCGAAGACUGCUGCGCCGCUGGGGACGAUUCAGAGGCCCAACUCCAAGGAGAAAACGACCGGACCUGGGGGCGCUGAUGGUGGAAGCGGAAGUGUUGGCAGUGGAAAUGUGAAUGCAGCUGUGGCCACAACGACUCCGCCGGGGAGUCCUUCAAUGCAUGCGAGGUCUUUUUUGGGUGGCCCAGUUGCUGAAAAAGAUGCCGAGAAAGCGGCUGCAGAUGUUGCCAGAAAGGCGCUGGAGUUGCAGAUGGGGCUGGAGUAA